AUGUCCAAAGCCACGCCAUUAGCCAGCUAUAUUUCUGCCCAAAGGUAUGCCAUCAACCUUCCUUACCUCUUGAUCGAUUCUCUAACUGGUACUGCCUGCCCGUUGCAGCUGUGCCCCAAUGUUGGAGAGCUCGACAUGCCAGCGGCCAAAGUGCUGUCCUCGCGUCCCAGGGAUGUUGCGUCGAUCAGGUCAGGGGACCCGGUUCUUAUUAGGGACGGUGAUCUUCCAAGAGGAACCUGGCCUCGGGGAGUGGCUGAAGCCACAUUCCCGGGUCGUGACGGUAUAGCCAGGGUAGUAGAUAUUUGGACUGCAGUCAAUGUGAGCUAUAGCAGGAUGAUGACUAUCCAAGCGACUGAGAGGAUCCACACCUUAAACUUGAACAUCAAUAGUGCUUAGGACAAAACAAGGAUACGGCCAUUACCAUUAAUAAAGUUUUUAUAUUGUCUAAGGUGACAGAGUGACAUAGUUUGAGUCAGGAGACGAGAUUUAUGAUCAUAAGGUGUACUUGCAUUCAAAGCCAAUUGGGUUACGGUGCCUGGGCCAACUAAAACUAGGUACAUUAUACUCGCCAAUACAGAGAAAUUU